GAGGGGAGGGGAGCGGGGUGGACCGUGGAAGACGCUAAAGGAACGCGGCAGCAGCCGGGAGAGGAGCCACGGCGGACGGCCGGGAUAGGCAGAGGUGCCAGGGGAAGGACAAGGGCGGCUUUGGGCACCGACGGCCGCAGAGCGGGGCACCCGCCCCGGCUCGCUCCCGCCGCGGUUCGCCCGCCCUUUUUGCCUACCGCCGGCACCAUGGUGGACAGGGGCCCCUUGCUGACCUCGGCCAUCAUCUUCUAUCUGUCCAUUGGGGCGGCGAUCUUCGAGGUGCUGGAGGAGCCCCACUGGCGCUCGGCUACCGACAACUAUAAGCGGCAGAAGACGGAGCUGCUCAAGCAGUUCCCUUGCCUGGGCCAAGAGGGGCUGGACAGGAUCCUGCAGAUUGUGUCAGAUGCUGCUGGACAGGGGGUCGCCAUCACUGGAAACAAUACUUUCAACAAUUGGAAUUGGCCGAAUGCUGUGAUCUUUGCUGCUACUGUGAUCACUACAAUCGGUUACGGAAAUGUUUCCCCAAAGACACAUGCUGGGCGUCUCUUCUGUAUAUUUUAUGGGCUUUUUGGAGUACCUCUCUGCUUGACAUGGAUCAGUGCUCUGGGGAAGUUUUUUGGAGGACGUGCCAAGAGGCUGGGCCAAUUUCUGACAAAAAGAGGAGUAAGCCUGAGGAAAGCCCAAAUUACAUGCACAGCUAUUUUCAUUGUUUGGGGUGUCUUGGUCCAUCUGGUUAUUCCUCCCUUUGUCUUCAUGAUGACUGAAGGAUGGAAUUACAUUGAAGGCCUCUAUUUCUCAUUCAUCACCAUCACCACCAUAGGAUUUGGAGAUUUUGUUGCUGGUGUAAAUCCAGAUGCAAACUAUCAUGCGCUUUACAGAUAUUUUGUGGAGUUAUGGAUCUAUUUGGGACUAGCUUGGCUUUCACUCUUUGUUAACUGGAAGGUCAGUAUGUUUGUGGAAGUCCACAAGGCAAUCAAGAAACGGAGGAAAAAAAGAAAAGAAUCAUUUGACAACCAUCCUCGGUCUAAAAAACCCCUUCAAAUGGGUACCUCAAAGGAUGUCAACAUUUUCAGCUUUCUUUCAAAGAAGGAAGAGACUUACAAUGACCUUAUAAAGCAAAUUGGGAAGAAGGCCCUGAAGACAAGCAAUGACAAAAUGAUUAUAGUGGAAAAUGCCAAACAAAUGAAUGCCAGUAUAGAUGUUCAGGUGACUUACACAAAGACAGAGUCAUUUGAGUAUGAUGAGGCUUCCCUGGACAUGCAAAAUGGUCACGUACUGAGACCCCUCCAUGAUAAACAUAUAGGAGACAGCCCUCUGGAAGGAACCAUGUUUGUGAACCAGCUGGACAGGAUUAGUGAAGAAGAAGGUGAAGUGUGGGAUUCCAGAGACUAUCAACCCUUAAUAUUUGAGAAUGCAAAUAUAACAUUUGUAAAUGAAGAUGAUGAUGAAGAGGAAGAUAUCUCAGAUGAUGAGGAAACGUCAAAAUCCUCUAUGGAUGAUAAUCUUGCAGAGGAAUCUGAAACUGCAAAAAAACUGGUAAAAUUUCCAUCCUCUGAUGAAUCUACCUUUACCAAUAAUGAGCUAGAACUUUCUGUGCCUUAUGAACAACUGAUGAAUGAAUAUAAUACAGUAAGCAAUGUGAAGGCUACCACGUGAAGCAUUCUGGACAGUGGUUUUUUGAAAGUGGUCAAUGCAUAUUGAACAUAGAGCAAGGGGAAAAGUAUGUUUGCACCUUCUCUGGUCUCUUUGAAAACAAAAGCAAGUCCCAGACUAAGAAACUCCAGUCUCCUUUUCCCAUCCUAAGUUGGUUUCUGAGCCCAUCAGCUUUGCUUUUCUGAAAGACUUGUAAAAUAACAGUUGAAUUUGUGUCCUUCUUUAGAUUUUAUGGUUAUUGAACAAAAUAGAAAAGAUUAAUUAAUACACUGGAUCUGCUCUGAGUUCAUGCAUUUCAUUAAAGAAGUAGUUUGGGAGUGUAACUAUAUUGAUGCAGGACUGUUUUGGACAUCAAAUGUGUUUGGUUACUCCAUUAGCCUUUCACUUCUGAUUUGAAUCCUGCUUUUAUCACAAAUGAAAUCAAGGGGAUUGUCCUUUGUUAAGUUUUUACUGCCAAAAAUAUGGCUCUAAUACACUUUUCUUAAUGAGAAACUUUGAAUGGAAUGCCAGGACACACAGCUGAGGUGUUUUGGUAGACAGAGAAGGAAGCUUCUGAAACAUCUCUGUUGAAUAUGUCAGUGCUUGUCAAAUUAUAGUGAAUCCUAAUUUCUUAAAUAAAAUAUUAAAAUUAGGAAUUCCAAAGGAAUGGAUCAAGAAUGAGCCCUCUAACAAGGAAAAAUCAUCUGGGAUGAAGCUCGUCAGUUGGGCUGCUAAGCUUUCACAUCAGCCCCAGAGCUGUCAAAGAGUAACAUGACUGGAAAAUUUAUUGAUCAAAGCUUGUAUGAGCACAAGCAGGAUGCAAUGAACUUUUUUUGUGCUGAAAGUGUCCUUCCACUGUCCAUUUCCUAAAGGAAAUACUUGAAUGAACCUUAUACAGUAUCUGUGUACAGGUGAAGUUUUAUUGACACUGUUCUUAGGAAAAAAUCACCUUGGGAAACACAGAUAUUCUCCAAAUGCCCUAAUGCCUCUCAGAAUGGACCUGUAGCACUGCUGCUGAUCUGGGCAGUGUGUUAGUCAGUAUUGUUGUUUGAUGUUCCUCCCUGCCUUGGUAUUUCAGACAUGACUUGAAUGGGAGAUGAUUUUUGAAACAGUUGAUUACACCUUGUAUAUUAUUUUUUUGUUCUUAGAGUUUGACCUGUGCGCAUAUACAAUGGUUAUUCUAUCCCACUUGAUAGAAGGUUGGGCAAUAUCAAACCUUGGGCAAACUUGAGAUGUGAUCAAGUGACUUCAGGCCAUAAGGCACUUUUUUUAGAAGGCACUUUGGCUCUAAGUUUCUAAAAGUAUUAUCUUUUGACUUGGAGAUGGGGUACUCACUAGAAGGAAACAUGUCUGUUCAUAACAUGUAUGCCCAAAUUCUUUUGGCUACAAAGAAAUUUUACCAUGGUUUUAUUUUUCUUUCUUUUUCUAUAUCUAUGCAUUAACCCUGACACCUCUUUCAAAUGAGAUUUUAUGCUGACAAAAGGUACUGACUUCUGUUUUAUCCAAUAUACUUGGAACAGUUUUAUCCAGUAUAUUUGGAACAGAAAAUAGCCAAGACCUUUAAACCUUAACACGUCAGGCUCUGCUGAUCCGUUUGGUUUUAGAGUAUUUAAGCCAUUCUGGUAUGUCCGAACAUUUUGAAGGUUCAGUGAACAGUUAAAAGUUGUCUCAGUCUCAUUUUCAGUGUAAUGCUGGCAGACUCACUAGUUCUGUAACAUGACCUUAUGGAACCUUGCAAUGCUAAUCUUAAAUUAAUGGCUAUUUCUGAUAACUGCAGAUAUUGGCUGCAGCUUUAGUUGCUGGCCUGUUCCACAGAAAGAGGAUAUAUGGGAAGCUGGAAUCUGGUUGGAUAGCCUUUAGAUAGGAAGUUUUAAAGUUACCUACUGUGAAACAAAAGACUGUCUACUAUUCUGGGUUUUUUUCCUAGAAUUUUCUACAUAUAUGACAUUUUAUCAAAUAGAAUGUGAACACAAUGGCAAAUCAUUGCCAACUCAUGUCCACCUCUCUUAUACUUAACAACUGUGGAGUUAACCUAAUUUGAUUUGUAUUUAAUAUGCAAUUUAUGGUAGUGUUGUUGAAAAGAGAUUCUCAUUUGUAAUCAAAUUCUAUUAUAUUUACAAUAUUUGGAGCAGGGGUGGCUGGAUAAAUUUGACUUGUAUCUGACAGGAAAGAGGUAGAAGCCAUAUCAAGGUGAUUCUUAUUUACUUCUAGUAAGAUACCUUUAUCCCCACUCUUCUAAAAUUACUCCAAGCCCUUCAGGUUUUUGUAUCUGAAGGUUUGUGGUUGACAGCUGUACUUCAUAACUGUAAGAAAUGUUAGGCAGGAUUAUGUGUGUAUGUGCAGGAUGUGUGUGUAGUCAGUUUAGCCUUCUCUUUCUAAAAAAAUAUUCUUUGUUUAAAAAAUUCUACACAAA